GUCCCUUUGUUUUGCUCUCUGGCUGCGGAGAAACAUGUCUGCUCUAGACGUACAGGACUUCAUCCAGCAGAACCGGGCCGUGGCGGAGCAGGUGGAGGCGUUCCGUGGCUACUGGGAGAGCGACAAGCACUGGGCCGCCCGAAGAGAGUUUAUUCUGCGGAACAAGAGCGACUUCAGCCCGGAUCAGCAGGAUCAGCUCCUCUCGCUGUCCAUGGUCUGGGCCAACAACGUGUUCAUGGGCUGCAGAUACAGCGAGGAGCUUCUGGAGCGAGUAAAGGAAAUGGCUGAAGGGAUCGAGGUGGAGGACGCUCCUGUUUUUAAAACCAGAGACGAGAUCAUGAAGAGCCAGCAGGGACGGUGAUGAGGCGAUGAUGACCAGGAAAUGGGACCGACCCAUUUUUUUAAGGACUGUUUUAUAAAAUGAACUUGAUUUUACACCAUGGUCCAGAUGUCUCCAGAUUCAAAGGCACACGUCGUAUUGCUUUUUCCUUUUAAACUUUUGUCAAAUGUUGUCUUUUUAAAUGUGUUUUUAUAUUUUUAACUGAUUCCUUUCUGUCCAUUUAGUGUUUACAAUAGGGAUGUAGCAAUAACUGAAAUAUCGCAGUAUCAUAUUGUCAAAAGUCUCAGUGAUAUCAUGGACCAUCACAGUAUAUUAAAUUACAGAUCCUUUACUUAAAUGCAUUGUUUUAUUGUAGUAGUAACAGCUAUUAACCCUCGCAGGCUCAAAUUUAAUUUUAGUAACAGGAAAAAUCUGAUAUUUGAGGAAAAUGAUCAUAUGGGGUAUUAAUAUACAAUCCUGACUCUUUUUUUGAGAGAGAUCUUCACAUUCAGUGUGUUCUGGGAUGUUGCAGAUUUGCAGCAUUGGUCCGGUGUGGGAAAUUAACACUGAAGACUGAAAAUGAUAUGAACGCUAACUUUAUGUGUAAACCACUUGUCAUAACAAUGAAAACAUAAAGCACAGUGUAACAGCUUUACAGUGGCAAAACAACACAUUUUCGUGUGGUGCUCCACAAGAAACAAUUUUUAUCCUUUGUAAAGCACAAAAGUACUUUGCACUUCUGGCAGGCCGUUUGAAUGUAGCCAUCCUUGCACAGUCUGCAUCGUCCACAUUUAUCAGCAUGGAUGAGGAAAAAAGGCUCCUGAGUAAAAAAGGCUCAUAUAAUAUGGAUGUGGAGUAAAUAGAUAAUUGGCAUUUAGCUGUUGCAAAUCUGCAACACCUGCCUGGAGAGGGUUAAACAUAAGGAUCUAUUUAGAACAUGAUCCAUUUUCGUGCAGACAACAUGGACAAAUAUCUUUUAUAUGUUAAUUCUUUGGUGCGAAUCAUUACUGUGAUAAUAAUAAUGUAUUUUAAAAGCAAAAGUAGCUGUAUAGCUCUCCAGAAUAUUGCAGUAAACAUUGUAUUAAUGAGAUUCAUACUGUGAUGAUAUUGCAUGUGAGAUUUGGCUGUUGUUACAUCUGUUGUACUAAAAACAAAAAACACACCUGGAGUUGGGAUUUGUUUCAUUCACACGUUUGAUCUUUCGUAUUAGUCUGUCUUACAUCUUCAAGCUCAAAAUGCUCUGUUCCACCUUGUGAUGUCAGGAAGCAGUAGUUUUUAAGUAAAAUGUAUACCUUUCCCUUUUGUUUUGGGGUUUGUGUGUUAAACAUGGAACAAAUUAAUGGAAUAGAACAAAACACAAACUCAAGGUAUAUUUGUGAUGUGGAAACAUUAUAUUGCUCCUGUAGCUUGUAAACUACCAGUAGCUCCCCCUCCCCCGUUCCAAAUAGCUCGUCAAAGGAUUUCUGAAUUAUCCAUAUUGUGUUGAAUGACUCAAAGUUGAUAGUUGAUGAACUAUUUUUGUAAAUGUAUCACUUUGAUGCCUAACUUUGUGCACUAAAAAGAUGUUUUAUAGGAAUCUUACCGUUCCCCAUCUAAGGUUUUCCUAUGCUCGGGUUCUUGUGAUCGCUAAAAUUAGUAGCUUAGUAGCUGGAAUUUUCUUUUUGUAAAGGUAUUUCAUCACAAGAAAAAGGUUGGAGAGCCCUGAUUUAUGGAGAUUGUGACAGUAAUGAUUUGCACCAACAUCUUGCGAAGAUAUUUUAAAAGCAAAAAGUAGCCUAUGUACAAUUCUGGUAGUCUCUCUAAAAUAUUGCAAUAAACAUCCAUGAGAUAAAUAUAUACUGUGAUUUAUUAUUCUUUAGCAUUUAUAUAGUUAUUAUUAUCCCAUCCCUUUACAACAAGCAUUAUCUCUAGAGAUGUGCAUUUAUCUGUGGUGAUGUCAUAAGUGAGGACGCUUUGACAAAGUUCAAAGUCUGAAAAAUGUGUUUAUUAUGUUUUAUACAGCAUAUUGUUAUAAGUAUACAUCAUUUAAUUCACAAAAGUUUAUAACAUAUCCCUUCUGCUUAUUGGGUCUGGUGAAGUGUCACGAACCACGACAUGUCUCUGGAAAUAUGAGUCGUUUUGGAUAAUAUCUGAUGGUUUUAUGAAGAGAAUUCCUUUGUAAAAAGAGCACAAUAAAGACAUGAUUAAUA